AAACAAAACGCUGCCUGCAGAAACUAAAAUCUACUAGUACUAAAUUAUGCGUACGUGUCCUUAACUUCCCAUCCAUUCAGGGUCGUCAACUUUAUACAGCUGAGAACCCAUGUCCUAAUUUUGUUAAUAGCUCAUUGCCCCUGCCGCCUCCAUUUCUGCACACGCCACCAUGCUCUCCAUUUCCCCUAUACAGCCCACCUCCUCUCAAUCCACAGCCCAUUCCCCCCUCCUCCGCCAGCUUCCCCUCUCCCGUUCCCACCAUUUGCAUCACCGCCACAGCAGAUUUUGUUUCCAUUUACUCCAGCUCUCCCGCCGCCGCCACCCCUCGGCCCUUCUCAUCCGUGCCCUCGACGCAGCUCAACCUUACGAUUACGAAACCCGACUCUCCCGCCGCUUCUCUCAGUCCACGGCGCUCAAGAUUGCCAUCAUUGGGUUCGGUAAUUUCGGCCAGUUCCUUGCCAAAGCUUUCAUCCGGCAAGGCCACACCGUACUGGCCAAUUCCCGUUCCGACCACUCCUCCGUCGCCCAGUCUCUCGGGGCAUCAUUUUACGCCGACCCGCAUGACCUCUGCGAACAACACCCUGACGUGAUCUUGCUCUCCACUGCCGUCAUCCACACCGAACAAGUUCUCAAAGCCCUCCCAAUUCAAAGACUCAGACGCAAUACCCUGUUCGUCGACGUUUUAUCGGUCAAAGAGUUCCCCAAAAAUAUCUUCCUCCAGUACCUCCCUAGUCAUUUCGAUAUCCUCUGUACUCAUCCCAUGUUUGGGCCAGAGAGCGGAAAGGAUGGUUGGACGGGCCUCACAUUUGUGUUUGAUAAAGUUAGGAUAGGGCCCCAGAAGUCUAGGGAGGCAAGGGUUGAGGAUUUCUUGCAGAUUUUUGAGAAGGAAGGGUGUAGGAUGGUGGAAAUGAGCUGCGCCGAGCACGAUAAAUAUGCGGCUGGAUCGCAGUUCAUUACACAUACAGUGGGAAGAGUUUUGGAGAAGUUGAGUUUGGAGACUACCCCUAUUAAUACUAAAGGGUAUGAGAGAUUGUUGGAUUUGGUGGAGAAUACGGCUAAGGAUAGCUUUGAUUUGUACUAUGGGUUGUUUAUGUACAAUAAGAAUUCCAUGGAGCAGCUGGAGAGGUUAGAUUUGGCAUUUGAGAGUCUGAAGAAGGAGUUGUUUGGGCAUUUGCAUGAGGUUUUGAGGAAACAGUUGUUUGGGAAGGUGGAAGAAGGCGUGCAGGGGCCUGUGUUGUCGAAGCUGCCUAACAAUGUGGCUGCGUUUCCACCUCCUAAAACGAAUACUGUUGAAAUUAAUAACAACUAGGAGGAAUUCUUUGCGGAUCCUGCCUUGUGUGUUUUCGAUGCAAUGGAUGCAGUGGUCAUCAUUACAUUCCAGUGGUGUGUGAUGCCCUUGUAUGCUACCUUCAACUAAUCUUCCCACAUAGUAGGCAUACAGAUUUUGCCCCAUUUGUUGCACCUUCCACGUUCUGGGGGCUACAUUCAUGUUGGAGUUGUAGCGAUGUUAGCUCCAUUUGAUUUUGUAUCUUAUUCGCCAAUGGGAGUGGUUGUAGACUGUAUGGAAAUGAGAGUUGCUCAUCAUAGAGAGUAUUUGAAUAGAGUGCUUAUUACUAGGUCCUGUAUCGUCGGAUUUUUAGAAUUAUGCUUUCUUCAACUGAAUAUGUAAUUUUUCCAGGGCUUGUGGUUGGUGACUUGGUGCUAAGUAUAUGAGCUGUAUUGGUGCUCUUUUCAGUUGGGGAUUUGUCUUUAAAAAAUUGUCUGCCGUGCUAGUAUGGUGUUCUUUUCGACCCUCACUCGCAUGUCAUGUAGUUAUCUAUUAAAGCUGGUUUUGCUGUCCCAGGCAAUGGACAUAAAGAUUGUUGUAUUUUUGCUCGUCUAUGUAGUAGUAUGUAAUCGUGGUGUGGUAGCCUUGUGAUAUAAAUCCCACAUUUGAAAGUUUGUGGAAGAUGAAAAGGCAUGUAUUGCAUCAUUUGUGAUUUUGCUGAUGAAUCAUUCUGAGAACCAGCAAUAUUGGGUGGUCUGAUUAUUUUCGACUAUUUUGAAAUUGUGAUUUAGAUUUGUGAUUGGUGUGAAAGUCAAUAACUACCAUGUGAUGAAAGACAUUUGUCUGACAAAUUGGAAUUGAUUAAAAGAGGCAAAUCGUAGAUGCACUUUUUUUUUUCCUUCCUUUCCUCCACAUAUGUCUGCCUGCUAGUGACCUUGGUAACAAAUGGUAGAAGUUUCUUUGGGUUGCUAGAGGAUUGAUUAAAUUUGCUGAAUCCAUGGACUUGUUUGCGUACAGCUUUGGGCAGUAUCCUUUGAAUAUACCUCAAAUUACGGUAUGCUUUUUUGUUCAUCUAGUCUCCACUUGUGAAGUAACAGAGCCAAGGAGGUUUCUUCUUGGUGCUCCUGUUAACUGGUGUCAAGGUAGAACAUCAAAAAGAAGCUUCAAGGAGCCAUUCGGCUUAAAACUUUUCCAGGAUCGUGAACUUGCAAACAUCUGCGGGGUUCCUUGUGACAUUAUGCAAGAAAAAUGAGAACUGUUCUGUCAAAUAAUCUCAUGGGUCCUCUACGUGUAUGCUCGGGUGUGUUUUUGAUUGAGUUUCUGGGAAUCUUGAAGAUAGCAAAUGCAAAGUCCCGAAGCCUGCCUGCAUUCAUCCUUAAAUGGAAUCUUGGAAAUCUAUUUUCAUGCAACAGUUUUUGGAGGAGGAGAUUUGCGCUUGCCAUGUGCUUGUGUACGCCUGCAUAAGUUUAGCAUCCAUCUGCCCGCGCAACGACAGAAGCCUAUCAUGCUUCGCGUCUUUCUCAUGGGUAUAGAUCAGUCAUCACAUCACGAUUGCAUUCCGACAUGAUGCCCUUGUUGUAUGCUACCUUCAACUAUUCUCCCCACAAUCCUGGAGACAUACAGAUUUUCCUCCUCCACCUGCAGCACCCUCCAUGUUCAGUCAUGCUAUGUCCGCUUGAUCUUAGAGAACGUCUUUGCAAGAAAAUUUUGUUUCUUAUUCGGCAAUGGGAGUUUCCGCAGAAUGUAUCAAAAUGCGAGGCACAUAUACUAGAGACUAUAAAUAUAGAGUGCUUAUUUCUACGUUCUC